GCCGGAAAGCAGUGCCGCGAGACCACGUGGGCUCUGAGGCCAACCUGGGCGCCCUUGGAGGGACUUGGCCGUGCGGGUAAUGGCUGGUCCCGUGCAGGGCGGUGGGGCAAGGGCCCUGGACCUGCUCGGGGCUUUGCCUCGUGUGAGCUUGGCCAACCUAAAGCCGAAUCCAGGCUCCAGAAAACCGGAGAGACGGCGAAGAGGUCAGAGAAGAGGUAGAAAGUGUGGCCGAGGCCAUAAAGGAGAACGUCAGAGAGGAACCCGGCCCAGACUGGGCUUUGAGGGAGGCCAGACUCCAUUUUACAUUCGAAUCCCAAAAUACGGGUUUAAUGAAGGUCAUAGCUUCAGACGCCAGUAUCAGCCUUUGAGUCUCAAUAGAUUGCAAUAUCUUAUUGAUUUGGGUCGAGUGGAUCCUACUCAACCUAUUGACUUAACUCAGCUUGUCAAUGGGAGAGGUGUGACCAUCCAGCCACUUAAAAGGGAUUAUGGUGUCCAGCUGGUAGAGGAGGGUGCUGACACCUUUAAGGCAAAAGUUAAUAUUGAAGUACAGUUGGCUUCAGAACUAGCCAUUGCUGCAAUCGAAAAAAAUGGUGGUGUUGUUACUACGGCCUUCUAUGAUCCAAGAAGUCUAGAAAUUCUGUGCAAACCUGUUCCAUUCUUUCUGCGUGGACAACCCAUUCCAAAGCGAAUGCUUCCGCCUGAAGAACUGGUACCGUAUUAUACUGAUGCAAAGAAUCGUGGUUACCUGGCGGAUCCUGCCAAAUUUCCUGAAGCAAGACUUGAAUUUGCCAAGAAGUAUGGAUAUAUUUUACCUGAUAUCACUAAAGAUGAACUCUUCAAAAUGCUUAGUACUCGAAAGGAUCCAAGGCAGAUUUUCUUUGGUCUUGCCCCUGGAUGGGUGGUGAAUAUGGCAGAUAAGAAAAUCCUAAAACCUACAGAUGAAAAUCUCCUCAAGUAUUACAGCUCAUGAAUUCCCUUCCAAGAGAGUUGUGAAAGAGUUCUGGAAGAAAAUGGACUGAAACAUGCAUAUAUCUCAUCAUCUUGUCUUGAUUUGUAGAUGUUGUAGUUAAUUUAGAUGUUAAUGUAGUUGUUGAUGUUAAUUUUCCAUGUAGCCCUAUUUCCAUUUUUAUCUAAAAUUGAAAUAAAAAAUGGAAUAAGCAAGGGCUGCAUGGGGGAAUUGAAUCUGUGCAGGCUCUUUUUCAAAGAAACAAACUCCCUGGUUUUCUGCUGGAGGAAGAUGAUAACUUUUAGGGUAUUUCUUGUUCGUUUUUUCAUGAUCUUUUCAUCCAGGGGUUGUGUUAUCAUUGUUGCAAAUCAGAAUGAAUGCAGGUGGAAUGGGACUGACUUUUUUUUUUUUAAUAGGUUUUUUAAAAGAUAUUUAUUUGAGAGAGAAUGAGAGCAAGAGAGAUACAGAGGGAGAGGGAGAAGCAUACUUGCUGCUGCUGAGCAGGGAGCCCAAUGUGGGGCUCGAUCCCAGGACCCUGAGAUCAUGAAGGCAGAUGUCAUGAGCUAAAGGCAGACGCUUACCGACUGAGCCACCCAGGCGCCCCUGGAAUGGGUUUGAUUGCUAAGCCUGCUCAGUCAAGGUUAAAGUGCUUACUAAUAGUAGCCCAUCAGUAGUCUCAAGGAAGCUCUGCUAUCCAGUGUCAAGGUGGAAAGCCUUCAACUCUGGAUUAUUAAGAUGUGGAUUAUUAAGAGUUAAAGGUUUAGGGGCGCCUGGGUGGCACAGCGGUUAAGCGUCUGCCUUCGGCUCAGGGCAUGAUCCCGGCGUUGUGGGAUCGAGCCCCACAUCAGGCUCCUCUGUUAUGAAGCCUGCUUCUUCCUCUCCCACUCCCCCUGCUGUGUUCCCUCUCUCGCUGGCUGUCUCUAUCUCUGUCGAAUAAAUAAAAUCUUCAAAAAAAUAUUAAAAAAAAAAAAAAGAGUUAAAGGUUUAAACCCAGUAAAUAAGUAGUACAGUAUUUACUAGCAAAACUGAAGCAAAAAUACCGAGUGAAUUCAUUUUCUCAACUCAUCUGAUAUUUUACUUAUUUCAUAGAUACUGGAGACCUUUGUUUUUCAGUCAUUUUAAAUAAUUUUUGAAAAAUUGUUCAGUGAUUAUAUAAGCCAUAAAAACAACUGGUAAUGUGAAAAUUAAACCCAGUUAAUGUAAAAGAUUCAGCAGUCAGUAAGCUUAUUUAGCUUUGCAAAGAUGUGUUAUACCUGAACCAUACAAAAGCUCAAUAUAUCCUGCUGCAAUUAAAUCUUGAAUAAUUCAUGGUAAUUUUUCCACGGGAAAAAUAAAAUUAUUCCUGGCUGUUUAUUUUCUUAG